AUGAAGAUCCACCGCCAGGUGCUGCUCGCUUUCGCCCUGGCCGCCGCGGCCCAGCAGACGUCUCCUCAUCCGACGAUGCAGCCGCCGCUGCACACUUUCCCGCCCGUCGUCGACACCACCGGCUCGGCCUCUGCUUCUGCUGCAGGGACGAGCGCGACGUCCGCAUCGGGCUCCAGGUCGGCCGCGGCGACAGGCAGCACGAGGGCGUCGACUGGCCUGGCCGUCCCGACGGGCCAGGUCAAGAUUGCGCCUGUUCUGGGGAUCGCCGCCGCCGCCGCAGUGUUGGCGCUCUAG